AUGGACAUUAUUGGUCCCUUUGUACCUCCAUCUUCAACAGGAUAUCGAUACAUCCUAGCUGCUACUGACUAUUUCUCAAAAUGGGCAGAGGCUGUGGCUUUAAAGGAUAUAAAAAGCAUAGUUGUCUCCGAGUUCAUCCGAACCCAUAUCAUUUAUAGGUUUGGGAUUCCAGAAAGUGUCAUCAUGGAUAAUGGACAGCCGUUUAGGAGUGAUGCUUUGAACAAGUUAUUUGCCAAGUACAAAAUCAAAAACAACCAUUCAUCAAGAUAUCAUGCACCUGCUAAUGGCUUGGCAGAAGCUUUUAACAAGACAUUGUGCAAAAUUCUCAAGAAGAUGGUGGAUAAGAACAAAAGAACUUGGCACGAAAAGUUACAAGAAGCUUUGUGA